UUUCAUUCAGAUUUACAAAAAUCACAAAAAUGUAUGGAAAUAAUGCUUUAAAUGUGUUCCAUUCUCUUCUGCUUUAUGUGAUCUUAGUUGUUAGUUGUAGCGGAUACAAAGUUGAAAUGACUAUUUCUGAAGAUAACAGUGAGCCGGUAGUUACGGAAAUCGAAGUUGUUGAUCAUGAUAAUCCGCCAUUUGAGAUUGAAGAUGAUACUCACGGUAAGAAACUAUUUAUUGAUAAUUCAUACACAAAUACCGGUUCACACACCGAUGGAAUAAAUCCGAGUGAUCAUUUCUUGAAUCAAAAUGGCGUCAAGAUUUCGGGAUUCCUCGGUAAUGUACGUAAUAAAAGGUCUCUUGAUAGAAAGUAUGAGGGAUGUAUAAGAAGUGACAAGGAAUCCAAAGGGUCUCGGACAGCAAAUCAUGCUGUUACCGUGGAAACGGGAGAAACCAUUCAUUUACCUUGUCAUGAAUGUGGUGCGGACAGAAGUGAAAUGUUCGAAUCGAUCCAGUGGCUGAAACUCCAUGAGUAUCCCAAUUCUAAAAGUUUGUAUCAUAUAAAAGAAGUUGUUGCAGAUACACAUGACGAAGAGAAAUUAAACAGGGUUAGUUUCACGUUAGACCAUACCCUCGUCAUAAAAAGAGCUAGAUUUUCUGAUGCCGCAAGUUAUUUCUGUAAGCCAGUUAAUAGCAAAGACACUUUUAUGAAUUUUCGAAUAAGCUGGAGCGAAUUGAUUGAAUACAUUACAAAGGAAUCACAUCUGAGAUACUUCUUCCACGUGGAUGUGAUUGAUUUAAAGCACACCGACACGAUUGAUGUUUCGUCCUACUCAAAAACAAAACCGUUGAAACCGGAAGUUGUUCCGUUAUUAAAUAUAGUAGUAACGACAAGAUGGCAUCCAUGGACUUCCUGUAGCGUUUGUAAUGAUGAAGGAAUACGGAAGCGGAUGGGGAUCUGUGUGAUAAAAGAGCUUGAUCCAGGCGUCCAUGUUCAAGAUAACUAUUUGGCAAAUGUUCUGAAUUUUGAUAAAAAAGGAAUUCCGUGUCAGUCACAAUAUUUACGUGACUAUAAACGAGAACUUUGGCUUCGGAAACCAAACCAAAUACAGAUUGAAGCAUGCAAUGUCCCGUGCCCUAUUUCAAAAUCGAAACGUACUAAGCGUUCUUUCAUGUCACGUGAGGAAGUAGUUGAUAAAGAGCAACAGGCAAAAAUUGAUAAGGAAAACGAGAAAAAGAAAGCCAAGAAGAAGAAAGUCCGUAAAGGAGCUUAUUUAAUUUUAAAAUGUCCCGGAAUUUCAUUGACCAAAACAGUCAACUGGGCACGUGGUUCAAAGCUUGUGAAUAUAAUAAAAAUACGAAAAUAUACAAACGACAGAAUAUCAAUGGACAUGUUUGGUAACCUGCAUUUUAAGAAAACAACGUUGAAUGAUAAUGGAAUAUAUUCUUGCUGGCUGAAAAAGAAAAUGAAAUAUAAAUAUAAAGUGGAAGUAAAGGAGGACAGAAGCGCCGAAAUUAGAAGAUAUACACUGUAUCUCUGUUUUAGUUUUAUUGGUGAUUUUGUUGUGUUCGUUGCUCUGACAAUCGUGAAAUUCCUGCAAAGGCGGGCACAGCGGAGGAUACCUAAAAAGAAAGCAAAGGGGAGUGACGAUAGUUCUGACGACAAAUCUGACAGUGAUAAGGAAACAAGUGAUGCAAAGAAUGAUAAUAACACUCGUGAUAAGAAGAAUGAUAACGACGAUGAUGAUGAUACGAGUUCGUCAAGUUCUGACUCAGAUAGUGAAUAAUCAUUAUUUCUAUUAUUAUCAUUAUUAUUAUUAUUAAAAUUAUAAUCAUCAUCAU